AUGAUCUCCACCGUCUCUACCAUACUCGCGCUCCAAGUCUCCUCCGGCUUCAAGCCACCCUCCAUACGUUUCACACUCUGCGCUGAAACACCUGCUCUCCCUUCCUCUCCAUCCCACAGCCGCCUCCUGUAUCCUCUCUACCAGCGGAUACAGCCUCCUCCUCCUCAGCAUCAUGCCUCUCUCACCCACGCCUCCCUCACCACCGACGCGCUCCUCACGUACACGAUGCGCGCCGAUAGCCCUCCGAUGUGUAUUCGUGCGUUUUGA